GACCCUCUGAUGUAUGAAGAGCAGCUGCUGUGGGUGAGCGGGUCCCAGGGGGAGGUGGACACCUUCAGGAUCCCGCUGAUCACCUUCACAUCCAAAGGAAGCCUACUGGCCUUUUGUGAGGGCAGGAAGGCGUCGGCCAGUGACACAGGAGCAAAGUUUCUUGCAAUGCGGCGGUCAACAGACAAAGGAGCCACAUGGUCCCCGACCGCCUUUAUAGUCGAUGAUGGUUUGAAGCCAGAUGGGCUGAAUCUGGGCUCGGUGGUUGUGGACGAGGAAGUGGGCUCCGUGAUUCUGGUCUACUCAAUCUGCUUCCAUGAAUACCUUUGCAAACCUUCCAGCACCAUGAUGGUUGAGAGCCUGGAUGACGGCCUCAGCUGGAGUCUGCCCAAAAACCUGUCGGUUCAGCUGGGAGUGAAAGCCUUUGUUCCCGGGCCGGGCUUUGGCAUUCAGAAGCGCCAUGACCCAGCUAAAGGAAGGUUGGUGGUGUGUGGUCAUGGGACAUUGGCGGGAGACGGAGUGUUUUGCAUCCUGAGUGAUGACCACGGACGUAACUGGUACAAUGGCGCCCAGCUGAAAAGCAUCCCUUACAACCAGAACAAGAAAGCACUGGACUUCAACCCUGAUGAGUGUCAGCCGAUUGAGUUGACGGACGGCACCAUUGUCAUCAACGUUCGAAACCAGAACCGCUACCACUGUAACUGUCGCAUAGUUGUACGCAGCUAUGACGGUGGGUUGACUCUGCCCAUAGACAAUCUGUACUUUGACACUGAGCUGGUGGAUCCUACAGUAGCUGCUGGAGCUCUGCAGAAAGACGGAGUGCUCUUCUUCACCAACCCCUCCAGUGAUCAACACAGAAUUAACCUCACCUUACGUUGGUCGCUGAAUAAUGGCCAUUCAUGGGUAAAACAAGCUAUGCAGAUUUGGGCGGGUCCAAGCGCAUACUCCUGCCUGACAUCACUAAAAAGCGGUUCUGCAGAGGACCAGAAGUUCAUCUAUGUCAUCUAUGAGAAGGGCCAUAAGGACUAUGACGAGACUGUCUCAUUCGUCAAGAUCCACCUGUAUGGUGGCCGGUAGGGCAUGUUGGUGGAAGGUAAGCAGAUUCAAAUGUUGGAGUGAAAGGGAAAAGGAAGCUGUUUUUUUCCCACAACUUUCUCAGGAAAAUAUAAAGACUUUUUUAAACUCACUAUGAAAUUGAAAAUGGGAAUAUGAGCGACUGAGCCCCAUGAAACAAUGAGAAUGUUUGUGUUUAGCCUGUGAUAUUGUAAAAAUGAAAUGUUCUGCAUAUUUUAUCUUUCUUUUCUCUAAGAUUCCCACUAUAUAUGAGACUGUAUGAAUAAUGGACUGUACAUUUUUCUGGGUGUGGGAUUUGUCCAAAAAACGUUUUCUGUACAGCUACAAUGAUUGGUUGUGUUGCGACACAAAACGAAAACAUGACCAAGAAAGGUACAAUUAAAUGUUCAACAUUAGUUUCCAAGCAACAUGAAUCGAACUGUCUUGAAGGGAACAGCAUCAUCUCGCUAUUAUACUAAAUGAUGACGAUUAAAAUAUCACACCACAGUCUUCCAUGAAGAAAAAUACUAAGGGCAUCAAUCGCUAAUUUAUUUUACAAACUGUCAGAUUCACUGCAGGUUUGACGAUGGUGUUUAGCCUUUUGCCAUAUUUCCUAUGGGGUUGUUGACGUAUUUUAGAGAAAAAGAACAGUUAUAAUAAAAAAAUUAGGUCUGUGUGAUUGAAUGUAUGCGUGAAAAUGAGCUAAUCUGUUUAGGAUCUCAUUAUGAUACCAAAGUGUCCUCUUUUACACUGAACUCGUUGAAACAUUUUUAAACUAUUCCUUGUAUUAUAUAAUUUUACACAGGGUAACAAUACAUUGAUUUCAAGCAUCUGAGUAAUACACAUGUUUUUCUGACAGUUUAAAAAACGUUUUCUUUGUUGGCAACGCUGAGCAGAUUUCCGUUGUCAUGCAUGAUUAAGCAAGGCAACACUGACCUGAAUUCACAAAAACCUUAAUAGAGUAAUUGGUACUUUACAUUUUACAGUUAUAAAUUGUAUGUAUGUGUAAAUGUCCUCUCUGUGGGACGAAUAAAGGUAUUCUGAUUCUGA